AUGUCGGCCAGUCAAUGGAAACCUCCACCAACUCCACCUAAAGCUUCGCCAAGUCCAGUUCCCGUUUUACCUCCCACUGGCGGACUCAAUGCAUCCGGCAAAAUCGAUCUGGUGGAAAUCCAAAGAAAAAUUGCAGAAGCCAAAGCCAGAGUUACCGCAAGUGGCGCUUCCCUGCCUCGAUCGCCCGUGGCCAGCAUGCGAACCGCUGACAAAAUCCCAGCCGCACCUCCACAGAUAGCUUUGGAUGAAGCCGGUAAUCUCGAUCUCAAAGCCAUGUUGGACAAAGGCAUUAUUCCCAAGAGAGAAACUCUUACCUCAAAGGCCAACGAACGUAAAGCGGCGGCCGCGGCUGCUGCAGCCAAACCAAAUAAAGAAGCAAAAACAUUAAAGAUCGAGCAACCCCCCGAAGAUUUUACGGACACGACCAAGAAUCCUUACUAUGAUCCCAACUUACACGCGCAGGCAGCACCGAAACUACGUCGAUCCCGUCCUCUCAAAUUUGUGCAGCCCGGCAAAUUCGUACAACAAGCAAAUCAAGAACGAGCCAAAGCCCAGCUCGAAAAACUCAAACAGGAAAUCGCAGAAAGUGUACGAAAAGCAGGCAUGGAAGUGGAAAUGGAUGUAUCAGAUAAAGCAAUCAAAAAAGAGCCGCCACCAGCGGCCGAGUGGUGGGAUGCGCCGUUUUUACCAAACAAGACAUAUGACGAUCUCGAGACGGCUCCUGUUAAUCCUGAUGAAUUGGGUGCCUUGGUCACCUUGUACGUUCAUCAUCCUAUUCCCAUCAAACCGCCGACGGAUAACAGUGCAGCCACGCCUGUACGGUCAUUGAUGCUGACGAAAAAAGAACGAAAGAAACUGAGACGACAGCGAAGACAGGAAGCACAAAAGGAAAAACAAGACAGAAUUCGAUUGGGCUUAUUACCGCCCGAUCCUCCCAAAGUGAAAAUUAGCAAUUUGAUGCGCGUGUUGGGACAGGAAGCGAUCCAAGAUCCGACCAAGAUCGAAGCAAAAGUACGAAAAGAAAUGGAAAUGCGUCAAAAGCAGCACGAAUUGGCCAAUGCACAACGUCAACUGACGCCGGAAGAACGAAGAGCGAAAAUCAUGAAUAAAUUGAAGGAAGAUCAGAAGACGAGCAACGAAGUAGCGGUCUUCAAGUAA